CCAGGCUCCGGUCCCGGCUCACCAUGCACUGCCACGCGGAACUGAGGCUGAGCUCACCCGGCCAGCUCAAAGCAGCCAGGAGGCGCUACAAGACUUUCAUGAUCGAUGAGAUCCUCUCCAAGGAGACCUGCGACUACUUUGAGAAACUUUCCCUCUACUCUGUGUGCCCAUCGCUGGUGGUGCGACCCAAGCCCCUGCACUCUUGUACCGGUUCUCCUUCCCUACGGGCAUAUCCUCUCCUGUCGGUGAUCACCCGGCAGCCCACAGUCAUCUCCCACCUGGUUCCCACCGGCCCGGGACUCACCCCAGUGAACACUCGCCAUGCAGUUGCCGCUGAGGCUGCUGCUGCCGCCGCCGCCGCCGCUGCCGCCGCCGAGACCCCUGGUGGCGAGGCAUUAGCCAGCAGCGAAUCGGAGACAGAACAACCCACCCCCAGGCAGAAGAAACCACGCAGGAGUCGCACCAUCUUCACGGAGCUGCAGCUCAUGGGCCUAGAGAAGAAAUUCCAGAAGCAGAAGUAUUUGUCUACCCCAGACAGGUUGGACUUGGCCCAGUCUCUGGGGCUCACCCAGCUGCAAGUGAAGACUUGGUAUCAGAACCGAAGGAUGAAGUGGAAGAAGAUGGUCCUUAAAGGUGGACAGGAAGCACCCACGAAACCUAAGGGGCGCCCCAAGAAGAACUCCAUUCCCACAUCAGAGGAGAUCGAAGCGGAAGAGAAAAUGAACAGUCAGGCCCAGAGCCAGGAGCAGCUGGGAUCCUUGCAGGGACAGGAGGAACCCCGUGAUCCCCAGGAGCCCAAAGCGUGCCUGGUCCCCUUGGAGGUGGCAGAACCGAGUCAACAGCCCCAGGAGUUGCCAGAAGCUUCCUCUGAACCCCCACCAUUAAGCUAAACUAAAGUUCUUUAGGGGAAGGGGGAGACUGGGAAGAAGGGAAGAGAGAAGCAAGGAGAUGCUGACGGAGAGAAGACCACUAAAGACUAGUCACGUGGGUAGAGGAGCGCUUGCUGUCUCCCUCCUCCCAGCGGCAUUUUCAUCUGGAGCACUUGAUGAAGACUUACUUGUGUGGGACUUGCCGUUCUUGCAAGGCUGUGUUAGCCCCAGAUACCCUUGAGUAAGGGAGAUAGCGCCUGGGAUCUGAUUGCCCAGGCUUAGGUGAUGGCUUUAGGGCUGGCUGCAGCAGCCUCUUAGUGUGGCGGGCUGGGCUGGCCUGCAGCAAGGGCUGCUCUUCUCCCUCUGGGCAACAGGUCAGCAAAGCAGGGAGAGGGAGGGGGAAGUGCUUGGGAGGCCUGCCCAGGCUCCUUGCUGACUCAGCGCUUAUUUCUGUAGUUUUAAGAGAA